UACACAUGUAAUGGUAUAAAACUUGUCUAGUUUAUUAUAAUAAAUCUUCAAUCUAUAAUGAUGAUAAGAAAGAUUUUGGAACAACUAGUACAUGUACCUGUAUGUAAUAUGCUGUAGCGGCUUAUAAUACGGUUCCAGUUGAAUACAAUUAUUUUCAAAUCGUGUCUUAUCUUAUAUGUACGUAAGAUAGUAGAAUUACUUGUACAAUAAUGGACAUAACUUUGAUUUGUCGCUCAUUAUUUACAGCAAGUGUGCUGUUGUGUAUACUUAUUGUUUGCUAUGAGAAAUACAUAAGUUUGAUCUGCUUUGGGAUAUUUUAUUUGACAUUCAAAGUCACCGAACGAAAAUUCAAGGAAUAUUUGCCUGUAAAUAAAAAGGCUGUUCUGAUAACUGGAUGUGAUACAGGAUUUGGACACGACUUAGCAAACCGGCUUGUCGACGACGGGUUUAUUGUGUUUGCUGGUGUAUUAAACUACAAUGGAAAAGGAGCAUGCGAACUAAGAAAUAGGAAUCUUAAAAAUUUAAAUGUUUUACAACUUAAUCUUACGAAAUCGGAUGAAAUAGACAAGUUAGUUGCUACAGUUUCAGAACAAUGCUCUGCAAAAGGUUUGUGGGCAGUAGUUAACAAUGCAGGAAUAGGGAUUGGAGGAGAUAUAGAACUGUGUAAUUUACAGCAAUACAAACAUAUAAUGGACAUCAAUUUGUUAGGACAUAUGACUAUCAUCAAAGCAUGCUUACCUUUGUUACGACGAUGUAAAGGGAGAAUUGUUAAUGUUUCAUCUGUAAGAGGUCGAUUUUCAUGGCCCGGAUAUUCAACAUACCACCUGUCAAAAGCUGGAGUGGAAACAAUGUCGGAUUCUUUACGAUUGGAAAUGGUGAAAUUUGGUAUCAAGGUUGUAAUUGUUGAACCCGGUUGGUUUCCAUUAGCAACCGCAUCGAUGUCAAUUGAAACGUGUGAAAGGGUGAAGAAGGACUGCGAAGAACAAUGGAAAGAAUCAAGCGAAGAAAUUAAACGGUUGUACGGAAGAAAAUACUUUUUUGCAUGGUAUGACGAAAUGUUGGUGAAUCGAAAUGACACACGUGCAGCCUCGUCACCGGGACCUGUUAUUGACGCCAUGUUAGACGCUCUCCGAAACGUCCAUCCUAAAUAUAGAUAUCUGGUUGAUGGCGGACAGGGAUUGAACAUCGAUACUCGUGCCAGAUUAGCUGCAUGUUACAACUUUUUACCAGAUUUUGUUAGUGAUCCAUAUCUAAUGUGGUCUAGCGGAUAUAAAUACAGACGACUGGGUGAAUAAAAGUAACAUCUCUAUAUUCCAUGUCUUCCAACGUAAAUGUUAAAAACGUUAAUUAAAAUAAACUCAU